GUUUAUUAAUUAUUAAAUUUUUAAUUUCUCUUCCAGGUGGCUUGGACAAAACGGGCUCUCCGCUCAUAAUCUUUCCACCAUGUAAUGAAUUUGGAGACAUUAAUGACACAGACAUUGAGAAGAUUUUCCAUUACUUAGUCCAAAGAUUUGGGUAAGGUAUAUUUUAGUUUUUUAAUUGCCUAGACCAAUACGUGUCUUUUUCAUUUUACUUUUGAUUUAAAUCAAUUCUAGUCAGUUCAGCUUGACUGCGAAUACUUCACGAGAAUUUUGCUGCGUAAUCAAAGCUUUAACUUAAUUGUUGAAAUUGCACCCAUAUAAUGAUCCAAUACCUGUGUUAAAAGCGGCUCUCCUUUUUUUCCCGAGCAGGUGCAUGAGUAUGUUUUUUGAAAAAAACCUUCCUUUCGCCGAAAUCUUCAGCGAUAAAUAAGCUGCAUGCUCACCGCUUACGGUACCGUCCGCAUCAAGCACAAUAGAAGCCAAAUUUAAGCCGAUAAACCUAGAUAGUAAACUUUAAAGAACUUUUUUGUAACUAACCUGCUGAAGAAAACCAAAGAAAAAAGAAAUCUCGCUUCGCUCGUUCAGUUCGGGAAACUUCCAGCCUCUCUCGGUGCGUCAAGCCCAGGCGAACUCCCUAGAAGUACAUAUAUGUAUGUUAUACUCCACAUAACUUUUCCUUUAACGAAAACUUUUUGUUUCAAAGAAAAAUUAUUGACAAAAAUGUAUCAACAUUUUAAUGGAUUGAAAUUUGUACAAUUCAACUUCUUCAUCAUCAAAAUCUUUAAACAUUUACUGACAAUGGCUUGAAAUAACCUUUCCACUGCAAAGAAAUCAUCGAAAAGUAUUUCUAUAGUUUUACAACCAAAAUGAAGCGAGUAUACUAUUACUGGAAAUUUAUUUCCAGCCAUUGAAUUAAUUUUAAAACCAUUGAUAUAUCAGUAAUGGGUGAUAAUGGUGAUCACCUUUUCUUUUUUCCUUCUUCUAUAUUUCUAAUUAAUAUUUUUGUAAAUAAUUAGUCUGGUGAAAUAGUACCGUUUUUAAUAAAGUCAAUAAAGUCAAUAAAGUCAAUAACCAAAUGAUUUUCUAUCGUAAAUUUUGAAAAUAGCGCAGUAGAUAAGAGAGUAAAAUAGUAUGUUAUUUUUUAUAAAAGAACUUAUCACGGUCAUUUAAUAUAGUUUUUUACUGAGAAAUGAGCUAUUUAAGUUUUCCACAGACUUGAUUUAAGUCCGUCUCUCAAGGGGUUGGAAUAGCGAUGCACGCGAGCGGUCAAAAAAGGCGCAAAAAUAUGAGAGAAAAGUAUAUAGAGACGGAUACCCUGCAAGCGCGCCAAAUUUUACCGUCCGAUUUUCCUACGGAGGCGUGGCUUGCGAGUUGAGAACAACAACAAAUUUUCGCGCCAAUUUUUGCAAGUAACAUUCGAAAUUCUGAAAAUGUCCCAAGUCCGUCUCUCCCUACUUUUCUCCUGAGACGGACUUGAACCAAGUUUAAGCUUUCCAUUGCGAGCGGUUUAUCUGAUCGGUCCUCACUGUUGGUUUCUGACCGCUCAGGAACGAUAAAAAUGUUACAUUUUGCGGAUGGACUGCAUAGCUAUACAGUAUAAUAAAUAUCGUGAUUAAGGAAUUGAAAGUGACUAAUCUCGAACGGGUUUUGCCAGUGUAGGUAGGGGUAUACAACUAUACCUAAAACAUAUACAAGCAGAACUUCGCCGUUUCGAGCGAAGUCUUUUCUUUGGGAAAUUAGCGACAAUUCGAUCUAGUGAAAACCCUUCGUCGAGAAAUUAGUGACUAAUUUCUAAGUGACCAACGUCGACGUUGUGCUUGUAUUUUUCAGGUAGUCGUAUCUCUCUGAAUCCGCAGCAUUCUGUCCUCAAAGUAACUAACCAUGCACUUUGUAAAAGUUGCCAUCGUCUUUAUAGUUUAAUAACCAAUUAACCAUUGGUGUAUUUACAGGUCUGAGGAAAGAAAGAAAGGAUUUACAGCCAUCAUAGAUCGCCGUUCUGAGAAAUGGGCUGCCGUAAAACUUGUUCUGAACAGAUUGAAUGUAAGAAUUUUAAUUAUUUUUCCUUGGUGGUAUCUUGAUAUUAUUGUAUGUAUUAUAUAACAUGGUUUCCAGUGCAGUUUGAACGAACGCAUGCACACACUAUAGUGAUUUGUUUUGCUCCCGACUUGCAGAUUUUGUUCACUGCUACAAUUCAAAAUGCGUACGUAAUCAAACCUCAAGGAUUUUUCCAGAAGUAUUCUGAAAGUAAUUUUAAAGCAAGUUUGGAAUAUAGCUUUGAGGUUAGUAUAAUCCUUUCUAUAGAUAUAAUCCUUUCUAUUAUCCUCGAGAUAUUUGGAAAGCAACCAGCGUAUAUAGAUCUAGUCUUUUGCUCAACACGCUUUAUCAGGGGUUUUACGUCGUGCGUGCAUUGUCUAUUUUUAUGAUAAACAUUUUAUGACAAUCAUUUGGACCUGCUGCCAAGUUUUUUAUUUUUUGUUAUAAUUAAUGGAAGUUACCAUGAUUCUCUUGUUUUGUUCUACGUGUCUUUCACGCAGCUAUAUUAAAAUUAAAUUACAAGCUCCACCUAUCUCAUUAUUAAUUGCCUAGAACCGGCCACGCGGGCCAAACGGGCCAAACGGGCCAAACGGGCCAAACGGCCACGCGGGCCAAACGUUUUGCGAAAUAGACAAACAUGGUGUGUUCCACAGAAACAAUCAAUGUUUUGGUGCACCUCAUCAGUCAAUAUACGUUACUGUUUAUUGCACAUUUGCUCAAAUAUCAUGACCUCGUUUUUAUGCUUGUCUGUUUCAGCAUAUUUCAGGCGCACAUGAAGGUUAUUUUCCAUGUUUCAUGCAUGAAUACGUUUCUGUUUGAUCUUGAUCCCAAUUACAGGCCGACGGCGACCCUUCGGAGUUUCGUAUAUUAAGAAAUGUGUAAAUCGUGAAAGACAGAUUGUCGUGCUAAAUAUUAUGAUGCUAAAGUUUCGCACCUGAAGGAGUGGUGGAAAGAGGUAAAGAAAUUGAACGACAUGACAUCAGCCUGCUAUGGUGGAGAUUAUGUUAUGAGAUCUCGUCAAAAUAUUGACGGCGUUUCUAGCCCACUUGACCUAGCUAACGUCAUAAAUGUUUGUUUUAUCCUUCCAAUGAGAAAAUUUACACUACUUCAGAAGGAGAUCCAUCCCUGCCUACAUCUUAGUGAAGUCGUAGUUUCUAGAGAAGCUGUCUACAAGAAAUUAUCCUCGUUGAAUUCCACCAAAGCUCAAGGCCCAGAUGGUGUGCCAGCUUUGCUGUUAAAAGAGAACGCAAACUGUCUGGCGGACCCCACCUAUAAUAUCAACUGUUUCUUCCGGAAAGGCUGCCUGCCACCAUCAUGGAACAGAGCAGACAACGUUCCCGUCGCGAAAGAAAAACCAGUUAAAGAACUUAACAAAGACCUCCGACCAAUCUCUCUCACACCAAUACUGUCAAACGUUGCAGAGCAUUUCGUUUUAGAGUAGUUCGCCCUGUCGGCCAUUCUUAAAGAGAUUGAUGAAACGUACUCAAUUUAGAAUAGUACCUAAAUCUUCAACGACUCAAGCACUGAUCAGCAUUGUACAUGAGUGGACAAAGCAUACACAUGGCAACGGGUCUAGUGUUGUUAGAGUCGUUCUCUUCGACUUUAUAUAGGAAAGCUUUUGAUUUGAUCGACCGUACAAUCCUCGCUGGGAAACUUACCAAAUUGGAUCUUCUGGAUCCUGCAAGCAGAGAGUGACUCUCGCGAGUGAUUGCAGGUCAGAAUUAAUGGGGAGAUAUCUCUGCUAGUAUCCCACAGGGGACGUAGAUGAUACCACCAUCGCUGAGCAAGUAAAUAUCAAAACAAUGAAACCCUUGAAGGUCAAAGAUGCAAAGUCGAUUUGGAAUUUGGUCGCAACAGUUCGUGGGUUUAUUCUCAGAAUGGAGGAUGUUGGAGCAUCUGACGAAGCCAAAAGUAGAUAUGUGUUUGCUGAUACUCUGGCGAAAUUGACGGUAGAAGAUCAAAGAGCUUACGCAUGGAGUAUGAUUGAUACAAAGAAGAUUGAAAGCCUGCAUACCUUGUUGGAAUACCUAGAAGAAGAGGCAAAAAUAAUGGCAAGUAGUCAAUCGGAUCAACGCUCUUUAAAAAUUGGGAUUUAUCCAGUUAAUGUGGACGGUGGUUACAACGGUGCCCCUGGUUGUGGUUUGGGUUGUUCCCAACAACAUGGUUUAGGUUAUUGUCCAGAUUUAAGAUGAUGAAAGUAAAGGAAAAGUGGGAAGUGGUGAUUCAGUCCAAGAGAUAUAAAAAAUGUCUGCGAACUGGACACCGACACCAACAGUGCUCGCGAAAGGCAUGUGAUAUCAACAUUUGUGGAAGAUCACAUCAUUACUUAUUGCAUAAAGAUCCAAAACAAAUGGACAAUGGCAAUCUGAACCAUGAUGCACAACCGUUCAAACCAGAUCAAGAGGGAGCUACAGGCACGGGAAAAUCCAAUCAGGUUGGUGCUAUUUCAGCUGGUAAUGCAGGAACUGCAAAUGUACCAACUCAAAAUAUCAAAGUGCACAGUGCCAAUGGAAACUCUAUUGAGGGACUUGCCAUGGUUGAUAGUGGUUCUAAUAAGAGUCUCAUUCAGAAAGAGUUUGCGGACAAGCUCGGUUUGGUCGGAGAAACAAAAAAGAUGAAGAUGUAUGUUGCAGGCGGUGGAAUUAGAGUUGAAGAUUCUGCUGAGUUUGAUUUAAAGAUAUCGCCCUGUUAUGAUGAAGAUAUUGUAUUCAAUGUGAGAGCUUAUUCAGUCAAGCAACCAUGCCAAGCAGCCAUAACUAUUUCAAAGAAAGCGGUAGUCAGAUUUCCUCACCUUGUUCGAAUUGUAGAAGAUCUACAUUUAAAUGGCGGUCCAGUGGAUAUUCUAUUGGGAACAGAUCUACCGGAAGCCCAUCGUGAUUUUAAAGUUCUGGCGGGUAACCCUGGUGAACCGAUUGCAAAGAAGAACAUCUUUGGAUGGUCAGUCCUUGGUAAUCUUGAAGAGAAUAGUACACCUAGAACUUUUGCUGUCGAAACCAUUGACGACAUAACAAAAGACCAGGACAUAAAGAAAUUGAUUUUCCAAGAUCAAUUAGGAAUCAAAUCAACUCGCUACUGUACAUGCUCUGAGAAGGAAAUGCGAGAAUGUGCAUUCAUUCGACAUGUUCGGGAGUCUACUAGAGUUUUGGAUGAUGGAAGAAUUGAAGUAAGAAUGCCUUGGAAACCAGGAUAUUCCAAUCUACCUAACAACCGGUCUGUCGCGUUCGAACGAAUGGUGUCGAAAGAAAGGCAGCUGGUAAAGAAAGAAAGUUGGAGGCGUUUAACAACGAAAUACAAGCCUUGGUCGACAGCGAAGCGGUCAUUAAUAAGGUGAAACAAGAGGAAGUAGACCAAGAGGAGCCGGCUUGGUAUCUACCAAUUGGAGAAGUGGAAAGUCCCGACAAGACGACCAAGUGCAGAUUAGUUUUCGAUGCAGCAGCCAAAAUGGACGGACUUUCCCUCAAUGAUGAUGCUCUUGAAAAAGGACCAUGUCUUGUGAAUUCCUUAUUUGAUGUGUUGAUUGGCUGGAGACAGAAUGAAGUCGCCUUUGCUGGAGACGUCUCGACGAUGUUUAAUCAGAUAUUCUUGUGGAGAGACGGAGAAACUGACAGAGAGCCUGAUGUGUAUCAAUGGGUACGUCUUAGUUUUGGAGAUAAGCCAGCUCCAGACCUUGCCAUCAAUGCCAUUAAUCUUCUCGCUGAUAGAGCUCAAGUCGAAUCUCCAGAAACAGCAAGAAUCCUAAAGGAUAAUACUUAUGUUGCUGACGUCGCGGGUCGGAGACAUCACCAGAGAAAGUCAAGAAAGUGGUCGAUGGUAUCGAUGCCAUUUUGGGCAAAGGCAAGUUUGCCAUCAAAGCUUGGCACAGCAACAGCCCAGAAAUUGAUCAAGAUGGCAACGAGAAUCCGGUGAGUCUACUGGGUCAUCGCAUUGCUUUGAAGAGCGAGACAGUGUAUACAGAUGUCAGUUAUAGUACGAAACGAAAGGCUCUUGGUGUGAUGUCUCAACUGUGGGAUCCGUUAGGACUGAUGGCGCCAGUUACAAUUUGGUUUCGAAUUGAUCUCCAGAAUCUAUGGGCCGCUGGUUAUCAGUGGAAUGAGUUAUUGCCACCUGAAGAAAAGUUAAAAUGGCAAAAGAAUGUCGAGAUUAUGAACGCCCUUCUAGGUACCCACCUGGAAAGGUGCCUAAAGCCUGAAACCUCGGUGGGAAGUCCACAGCUCCAUGGAUUUCUUAUAUGCGGGAGAAUUAGGAUAUGGUGGAGCCCUCUUCCUUCGGUGGGAAUUGGCGUUGGUGGAAGAAGUAUUUCCUGGUGGUGAUAAUCUUGUUCGUAAAGUAAAGAUUAGAACGUCGAAGGGAGUCUAUACGAAAGACCCAUAGCGAAGUUAUGCCUAAUUGCAACCCGACAAGAGCUCGAGCAGAAUAAAACUUAGUACAAUAUAGUUAAAAAACACUGAAAAAACAGGCACCUAGACAGUAAUUUUCGUUGCUCAAACCUUGAGCUGUUAACGUUUUCCGUACUGAGGAGGAGUGUUUUGACACUUUAAUAGAACUGCAUAAUGCAUGCUAAUUAUUUGAUAUUUAACUAUGUUAAUUUUGGUCACGUGUUGUUUGUUUUAGUCAUACGAUCGAAAAUCGAAGGAUGACUAUGUUGACAGCCAAAUAAUGCAAUAAAAUGUAUUAAAACUUGUGCUAAAUAAAACUUAAAUUAAUAUCCGUGUCUUUGUGUUGCGAAGAGUUAACAACAAUACAUUAAUUUUCAGUUGACUGCGUAACCAUGUCCUCCACUCUUCUACAUUUCUGCAUGCCGUUUAUAAUGGUUUGCUAAUCGCUGUUGACACGUGGAAGUGUAAAUGUUUAGCAUUUUUCCGGUUCUACGUUAACACGACAUAGUAAGUCUUAUCCAUGUUUUGUUUGCAGGUUGUGAUUUUAAAUGACGUCGGUAGUCUAUACAAUUACGUAGAUAAAACUGAGCUGACACCUUGCCUUGGUGGAACGUUGAAUUAUGAUCACCAGGAUUGGGUCCAGCACAGAACCGUGAGUUGUUCAUCUAAGGCUGUUUAUACGAAAGCUGGAUAUAGCUCUGUCCUCUGGACAGUGCUUUCUUCAAGCUUUCUAGAAUUGGCCAUUGAUUGGUAUUAUAUAUUAUUCGAUUAAACUUAACCCUAUCCGCGUGGUUGCAACCUGUCAGCAAAAAACUCUUUCUGGUGGAUAGCGCUGUCUGGCGUUCCUAACAACAAAUAAUGUAUUUUACCGAAUGAUCUACCGAAGGCAAAAUAUUUUUGUGUAUAUUCCUCAAUACAAACAGUUGAAGACUACGAGAUUUUUCCAACAUAGCUACGUUAAAUUCCUUGUUGUUCUUAAAAUUAAAAGGUUCGAAAUGAUUAAAGAAUUAUAUAGUGAUACAGACGCUUGUUAUCUUUGGUGAAAGUGAUAAAAAAAUGAAAAAUAAUAACAAACCAUCUUUGGUAUAUUUCAACUUUAAAUGAGUUAAUAUAUGUGAAGGAUUGCAAAUAUAUUUGAUGGAUUGAACAUUUAAAUAAGUAUUCUAUACUAGUCGGCCCACCAUGCAAUAAAAUAGUUCGACGUUUCCAUUCCGUCAAUUAGCUUUGCAAUCCUCAAAGUAUGUGUUAGUGUUAACUCAUUUACUGCUAGCCUGUUAUUUUAUUUCUUCAUCGCUUUCACAAAACAAUUAUUUACAAAAGCCUGACACUAAAUCCUGUAAAUUUUAGAAUUCUGUUUAUCUAAUUCGGUUGCAGGCAUUAUGCUAUCAAUGAAACGAAACAGGAACAUCAUACUGAUAAAGAAUAUAGAAAUAAUAUGUAUAUAUAGCUUUGUCAGAUUCCUCAUUCCACAUUGCACACGCGAAAAAACGUUAUUGUUUAUGUCUGUAUAUAUAGCUAAGCCUUUAAUGAAUUAAAAAUCAUAUUGUUGAUAGUUAUGCGUCUAUAUGCAGUUCUUAUUUUCAUUUUUAGGCAAUUGACAGAUUUAGUGAAACAUGCCGUUCCAUCGCUUCUCGUCUUGUGACGUUGAAACAGAUAUUUGAUAAAACGGAUCUAUCUAUAUCAGAUAAUCAAGAAACUGAACAUGUUUUAGAUGUUCAUGGCCAGAUGUGGUUUGAUGUUAGAGAUGAUAUUAAUAAUGCGCAGAUGAUUGGGAAUACUCAACUAAAAUGCAUGAAGGUAGGAACUGCGUAGAAUUUCCAUUGCGUGUGGAACGGUCAACAAUUAAGGGUGCAUGGGUAGUUGAUUGGCCUUUUGUGAUUGGAUAAAUCACAAUUGUUGUGAAUUGGCCUUUCCUGAUUGUAAUAUCGAUAUAUCGUCGCUCAAGUUUCUACCUUCCAUACGAUAAUUUCGAUUGAAAAUAUCGCGAUAAAUCAAAAUAUCGAAAUAUCGCCAAACCCUUGUCAUUAGGGACCGGUCAUUAUUUAUGGUGGGGGGUGGCACCGAAGAGAAAUGUUUUUCGUGCCAAAAAUUUUGCUGACCCAACCAUUAAAAAAUAAAAAAUUUGAUUACCCAACCUCAAGUAUCGUUUAAAAAAUAAAUACCCACCCCUGGCCAAAAACGUUACAAAAGGAUGUCAUUCAGUUGUCACACAUGUCCUUUACCACUUCUGUGACACGAGUUUGAUAACGUUCGGCUUGUGAAAUUUACUGACUUUUCUCCAGUCUAAAGUUUCAUGUUGUCUGCACAUCUACUUUCUUUGGAGACACCAUUAAUUUGUCUCCCAACAAAUCGGAAAAUGAUCAAGAUAGUGACUCUGAUCAUAGACAAUCCAGAAGACAUGCCAGACAAUCAGAGCAUAGACAAUCAAGGACUGUCUUCUGGAUUGUCUAUGCUCUGAUUGAUUCACAUAUUGUAUUGACGUAUGACUGUUGACAUUGACGUUUUCAGUCUUCAAUAUUUGAGUGAGUCAUGCUUUGGAAAUAACAAUAAAUUUUUAUUACCCAACCUUUGAGUUGUUUCUUUUUUCAUUUACCCAACCUUUUACUCACUCAAAAUUUUGUUUACCCAACCCUUUUCUCUUCGGUGCCACCCCCCGCCAUAAAUAAUGACCGGUCCCUUAGAGGGAUUUUUUACAAUCUUAGCCAGAAUUCUCAGAUUGAAACAAAUUUACUUGAUUAUCUUAUUGCUCAUUCUUGUCAGGGUGCUGAUUCAACGGAUCAAGAUACAUUUUCCUUAUUACCGAUAUCUCAAACCAGCGUACAAGAUCUUCAAGCCUUGGUGGACAUAAUUUCUCGAGUGAGAGACAAGUUUGAACAAGUCUGGGAGAGACAUCAAAGUUGCGUUCUUCAGUCACUACAAUUCACAUUCUUCGAAAGAGAGUUUGUGGAUGUAAGUAUUAAAAUAAAGCACCAGAGGAUUGAGAUGGAUAAGGAUUCAACUACCUAAAUAAUACAAGUAAUUAAAACUUCGACGUUUCGAACGUAGACAUUUUACUCGUAUUUUUCAGGUAGUUGAAUCCUCCGUAUCCAUCUCAAUUUUCUGUUGUUUUUGGUAUACUAUAUAGCUACCUACGCUGGCACAGAUCGUUCGAGUUAAAAAUAAAUGAAGCGUCCUAUUGUAUAUAUACACGAGAGUUGACCUUAUUUUGCUGUUUCCGCGAAUUGCAUGGAAGUCGAGAUUUGAAGUCACUUUAGCAAUCAGUUUAUACGCGGACUGGUUUUCUCAGAGCUUUUUGAUUUACCUAAUUCGAGACAUCCACUAUCUUCCGAAUAAAGUGGUAAGUGAAGAGGGGAGGCCAUUAAGGCUUUCCUUAGAAAAGAUAAUUUUUCAAGUAUAUGAUUAUACGAUCAAUUAAAGGGUUUGUAAAUUCCUCGUCGGCUAAAGCUACUAAUCGGCUUCUUCAGCUUAUGGUUGACAACAGGCAUCUAACUAUAUACCCACAUUGAAACUUCCGUUAGACCUUAAUUAUCAAAGUUAAACAUUGUUAUAAUAAGCUUCUAAAUAGCUGUCUCUGGUAAAUGGGGCAACCACAACCUGUGUAAUAAAUUACUCCAAAUAAAUGAUAAUAAUAAUUAAGGUUUAUUAAUAUGUUUAUUACAUGCUGUAUAUGUUCUAACUACAGGUUAAGAAUCUGUUCAUGGUCGCACAUACCAAGCUUUCAAACAUGAAGGAACUUGGCGAUUCAGUUUCGUCUGCAGCUAAACUCAAGAAAGAUACAGAAACAUUCAAAGAAGAAACAAAGGUACUGUGCCCACGAUGAAUCUAUGAAUUGUUACAAGGAAUAAAUCUCUUCCUAAAUAAAUCUAUAUCACAUAAAUAUAUAUAAAUAUAUAUAAAACAAAUCUCUUAUUUGAUAUUUACCAGGCUCCUCAAAAUGUUCCUUCUUCGCUUCAUUUCUUGCCGUAUAUCAUUUUAAAAAAAUUCACGAGAAAAUUAGUUCAUUGUAAUCCGUAGCAGUAGUAGGAAUUAAGAACUUUUUCAUGAUGUGAGGGACUUGUAAGGUGGCUCAAUACAGUUUUUAAAAAGUGGAAAAUGUGCAAUAUAGAUCCGUACUUUUGGACAAGUAUAUUACUUGUUGAAUAACAAAAAGCAUCUUACUUCGACAUCAGCUAGGACAUCAGUUGCUGAGCAGAGAACUGGGACUAGGAGGCCCUCCUAAAUAAACAACUACGUCAAGAUCUACGACGUCAAAUAUCUAGGACCGGACGAAAUUGUGUGGCGUGGUCUGGGACGAGAUUGUGCACGUGAGCCACAGUAUCUCCAGUCUCGUUCCCCGAGCCUGCGAUCCUCGGGAAGGAACGUGAGGCUCUGGGAUAAUCCGUUGCCGGAAGCCAGGAAUCUAAGCUAAAGACUGAACUGCACAUUCCAUUUCAACGGCCAAUCAGAUUCCUCCCUGAGACGGAUUAUCCCAGAGCCUCACGUUCCUUCCCGAGGAUCGCAGUUUUCACUAGUAGAUCGGUUACUUUGAUAGGGUUGGAAACCAUUUUUAAUCGUGGGCCACCCAGAGGGGGCAAUUUGCCCCGUCCCCAGGCUUAAGGGGCCCCAAACAUGAAAGAAAAAUUAAUAUCCUUGUUAAAUAAGAUUUAUGAGAAAGUACUUGAAAGCAUAUUCCCACAGAUUUGUGUCGCCCUGAGAAUCUUUAUAUAAGCAUACCUGUGUCAGUCGCUUAAGUUAGCAAUUGUAAAGAAUUGCCGUCGAUCUACAAUGGAAUAAGAGCGUCUUUCCGGAUUAAUUAUGCUUUAAUCAGAGCGUGAUCGACUUGUUGUGAUGCACUUAAUAUUUGCUUCGAGAUAUGCACGGAAACUAGAUUAUUAGUUAGCUGUAUUAUAAUGCCAGUGUAUAUCGGAAUAUUAUUACCUGCUUUUACAAUUUACCUUGUUCUUGCAACUUUUUUGGGGGAAAGGGGGUGUUUAGGGCUCCCAAACGGGGUGUUGCCUGUGGGCCCGAAACAGCUCUGGGCGGCCUGGUUUGAUUUAAAAAUCAGGUAUUACGGCAAACUGUAAAAGCAAAAUGAUUUUAAUUCGUUGCUUCCCUAAUUUGCAGGAUGCAGUCGAAAACCUGACAGAGUUGUGCGAAAGAGGAGAAGAAAUGAUAAAAAAUGACCAUUGUCACUCACAUUCUAUCGAGGCAAAAUGUAGUGAACUUCAAGACAUACAUAACGAUUUAAACAAGAAGUUUGAUGAAAGAAAACAUAAUUUGGAUAAAUCAAUCGAAGUCCAUGAAUCUUUGCAACAGGUAGGUAAAUUAUGUUUGGUAUUAAAUAGUACUUUCAGUGUCAAUAUAAAUGAUAGUUGCAGAUGAAGCGUAUAAUUAUGUGCUUUCUGGACUUCUUUUGGACUUCUGUAUCUCAAAAAAUCUCUUUCAGAAAUCGCAGGAAAUGCAGUCCCAGGCCAGGGUGGAAAACUAGUGGAGACUCCCCAGACGCCUACGAUACGACACCACACCAAACAUUUUGUCAUCAACAACCAUCUCUCCCCUAGCUUUCCACACUUAGUAUGGUGUGGUUCCUUUCUGUGGAUGCCCCACUCUCUCCCACACUGACAAAUUCUUAAAAAAGGCCCAGCAGGUCACUGGUGUAAUGCUAUGUCUUUCCAGGUAACGAAAUGGUGCAAUGCUGGCGUAGACAUCCUGGCCUCACAGCCACUGGACAGGUUUCAGUCAGCAGAGGGAGCUGAAAAAGCGCUAAAGGAAAUUGACGAAUUUUUAAAGAAACCUCAAGGGGUAAACUUGGGGAAACUGAACAGAAUGGAAAAGACAGCGAAGGAACUAGGAGACGAAGGACUGUUAGAACAAGUUAGAAUGACUUUGGCACGUAUCAGUGAAGUCACUGAUAUGAUGAGCAACAGAGAAGCAAGGUUUGUUUUAAAUAAUAUUAAGUACUAUUACACUUUUAAUUCCCAUAUUACACUUUUAAUUCCCAUUCCCAUGUGGAUAUUUCAUGUUCCAGUCGAAUUUUUGUUUAUUAAUCUGUAAACAAGGGCAAGGGAAUGAACUUCUUCUUUUACACAAUUCAAGUCGAAGACUGCUUGACCCAGGGGUCGGCUCAUUCUUCUGUCCACAUACCACUAUUUUUUUAUUUUUCAAAUUUUACACAGUUCAACAAUCUCUUUUUCAAUCUCCACUGCUCUUUGUUCUCUGUGAACAUUUCCAACUAAAGAACUUAAUGCCCUUCUUUUCUAGCCAUACUUCCUUCACCUCCUGUAAUGCGUGUUUACAGUAUACCAUAUUUUCUUUUAAUCUUUUCAUUCCUCAUCAUACCUUCGGCGGAAAACCUAUACUAUCCACUUUCCCAUCAUCCGCACAAUCCAUGCAGAAUUCGACUCCAUACUGUAAUACAUACCCUUUACCCACGCAUUUCCAUGCAUGGAACUAAUAUUUUUAGGCUAUUUAGUAUUCUAGAGAUAAUUCUGCUCAUUAAAGUUCUAAAACUAACAAAAAGUUUACCUUGUAGUUUACCUUGCUACCUGCAUCAGAUAGAUUUGUCACACAGGAUUUCAUGUGUAUCAUAUAUAUACAUUGUAGCUUUAAGAAGAUGGUAACCAAGCGACCUGUCCAGCAAGUAGCGCCAGUGGCACCUCCGACUACUCAAACCAGUCCUCAGUUAAAAAGCCCUUUGGCAUCCAAGAGAAAAGAAGGCACGAGUCCCUUACUAAAUCUAAAGAAAGGUACGUUGACACUAUUGUGCUUUUCCUUUCUGGUGUCAUGGUUAGUCCGGUCUAAAAUCUGAUAGGCUGACGAGUAGUCCUGAUUUGACUAUUCCGAGUUCUGAACGGAACAUUAGCAAUGCCGUCUGCGCCAAAAUGGAGUAUUGACAACAAUUUUUCAACUAAAAUAAUCCAAACCGUCGUUAAAAUAGGAAAAUGAAGCCCAUUUUUCACUCGGCGAAUUUGUUCACGCAAAGCGAAGCGAAAAACAAAUCUUGGCAAUGUAGCAAGUUCGCCACGAAAAAGUUGGAUUGGUUCCCACUUUUUUAUUGUCGCGCGAACAACUUUGCCUAUUGGAAAAUGGGCUUUAUGGAACCAUUACCGCUACAUAUUAAUCUCUUGAGACGAUUUAAUUUGGAUUUAUCUAAAUAACUAAAUAAAAACAUACCACGAUUAUACUGAAUUUUCAAACAGAAAAACAUGCUUUUAAAAUAAAUAAUAGUGUAUUUACAUGAAUACUUAAAUGUUUCGGACAAUAUGAUAAAUUGUUAUUGGAUGAGAUUUCUGUGAUAUCCAGAAUCAUCAAGGUCAAUAUAUUUGUUAUCUUAACACUACAGUCGCAAUUACUAAGGCCUUGAUAAUCCGAGGAGUGCCUCGCAUGAGACCUCGAGUCCCGUUCGCACUCCUACCGUUUGGUCACUAUCCAAUAAAGUAUUUAAAACAAAUAAAACAAUAUAUCACAAAACCGAAUUCAAUAACUGUUUGAUUAUACAUAUAUUGUAUUUUCGACAAACAAUGAUUUGUCGCACAAAAAUUAUCACGAUAACGGCCCAAAGAAAUAGAAAACUCAUUUGCCUACUAAUUUUCCGAUAAAAAUGUAAAAAGGUAUGCUUUCUGCACAAAGAGCAUUUACAAACAUUUACAUAUACCACUGACUCAACCUACACAUAACCCAGUUUCACAUAACUCGGUUAUGUGCCAUCAGAUAAUUGAGUUAUGUGUAGGUUGCGUGAUUUGCAUAUUUAUAGUGGUAAGCUAUUAACUAACCAAAACGCAUGCAGCGACUAGAAUGUAUAAUAAACUCAUUUAGCGCGUGUAAUAUUAUUUAUUUGCGAAAGAUGGCUACCUUUCAGAAAGGCAAGUUAAUUAAGCAUGCUUGCUACUCAAAUGAGUGCUGGGGUUAAAUACAUUAAUUAAAGGUAUUUUGCAAUUACUGUUUGUUUCGUUUGGAUACCCCGACUCGGUUGAGCAUGUACAUGAAACGUUUCAUUCUUCUCCCAACCCUUAACAAAUAUAAUAAUUUAAAUAUUCAUUUGUGGUACAGUCUGGAUCCUCGGCACCUCCCGCCAUUUGUUGGCGUAGCCUGGUAUUACACUCAAAGCGGGCCGAAAAAAUCCAGUGGACCCGAAGCGUCUAUACCUUGCUAUUAAUUUCACUGCAAUUUGUCUGAUUAAUCGUUACUAUAAACCUGCUAGAAACUUGCAGGGUAUGCAUUCAAGACAUGUUACAAUGGAUGUGUGGUGGGAUCUGGUAUUUUAGAUUUUAGGGUCUCAAGUGUCAUUUUCUACGUCUUGAUGAUUUUAAAUAAAAGAACAACUCGAAACACUUGAAACUUGGCAAGAUAAAAACAUACAUUACAAGAAAUGAAAAUGAAAUUUCCAUGCCUUCAACUGCAAGAAUGUUCCCAAGCAAAGGGAGGGGAGAGGAGGGAUGGGGCAACACUAUUCCAAGGUUGGCCGGGCACCUGCCUCCUCUCUCCCUAACCACAUUGCUUUCAAUGUGGCCGCAAAAAUUACCGUCAUUAUACAGGGUGUAUCAAAAUAAACGCAAUUCAUCUUGCUUAAUAACUUUCGAAAUACUAUUUCUAGUUAAACGCUUUUAGGCUUACUUCAAAGCCUGUUCUUUUCUCUUUCAAACAAACUAUUAUCCUUGUCUCCAAUGCUAGUAAUAAUUGCACAGGAAAAGAAUUUAGUAAAACCUAUCAUUUUUAGUUGCUGUUUAAUUAUGCAAGUUUACUAUGUUAUUGUUUAGUCGGUUUAAAUGUUAGAAUUUUCUUCUUUAAACUUUAAUGUUGUCGUCACUACAUCUGGAAAACCACGUAAGAACAAAUUAAAAGUAUUUUAAAAGAGACCAGGUUGUUUGAAAAUCCUAAACGAAUGCUAAAAAUCGUCAAAACAUUCUGGUGUCUGAGCCAGAAUGUCAUCGAAUUGCGAUGUAAUGUAAACAGAAAUUAUAGCAAGUUGAUGUCAGUCAGCUUAGAUGGUCCAAGCCAAAAUUAUAUCGCAUUUGAAGUUUCAAACUGAGUUAAAAAUAGUGGAAGAAAAGCGGUAAUUAUACUUAUUGUUACAAUCCAUUUAAUAAAAUGCAACAUUUUUUUGUUUUAAUGAAAAAAUCAGUUAUUUUCAUGAGAACGAUUUGUUAUUCCAUCUCAAUUUUUUUAAUCUCCAAUCGCAAUAACGUAAAGUAUUAUUACCCGCGAACCAAUGAGUCGAAUUUAAGAAACAACCCACUGUUACAAAGCUGAAUGGCUAUGCUUUAAAAUGAAUGUAAACUUUAACGUUUUCGUCUAUUAUUUGUUUAGCAAUUUACAUUUCAGUCGAGGAUUGCGCUUUUUUUGAUACACCCUGUAUACCACACUGAUUAUCGAUAAAAGUUAGAACUGCAAUUUUAAAUUCAAUGUAUUAAAUAGUAAUUGGUUGCUUUGAGUUGAGGGUUAAACAUCAGUCCUUUCCUAUGCUCUUUUGGCGCAAAAUGAUUUAGUCACAGAACUUUUUAACGCAGAAAUGCAAUUUCGUAGUUGCAAAAGUAAGAAAAAGCCCAUACAGUACUAGAGCCACUGGUGAUAUUAUCCAUCAAUGCGACUUAUCACCACAUGCAAUCAUUACUGUUCUUGAUAUGGAUGUGGCUUCAUCUGAGGAACACUUGAAACUUUCAUUGUCCAUCAUCAAACUUCUCAGUUUUAGACUGUCCACCAUUAGCUGUUUCAAUUGUACUCAGUCUUUAAUUUCUCAAUUUAACAUUUUAAAGGACAAUGGCAACAAAAAUUAUGUUUUUCUAAUUUGAAAGAAUGUUAAGAAUAUUUACAAACCUUUCUACAAAUUCUCCCAAACUAUCGUAGUUUUUGAGGUAUUUCAAACUUAGCUCACCUAUAUAUCCAUCCGCCAUCUUCUGUUAUAAUAAGAUCUAAUUAAUUGAUGUCACAACUGACAACAACGUCGUCAUUUUAAAAAUAAAAAUUAUAUAUUAUCAGGGGAAAGUUUAUACAUAGUGCUUUAAUUUUAGAAUAGUAGUCAGUAGUAAAAAUUAGGAUUUAUCAUUAAAAUGACCUGAGAAUUUCUCACGAGAUGAAAACAAUGUUACCCUGGUUGUGAUGUGACGCAUAUCCGACGAUGGAUAUGCAUAUCCAAGAUGGGGGAACUGCAUAAAGAUUUUGUUUGAAAUGAAGUGCGAUAUCUUUUAUAUCAAGAACAAUGUAGAAAAUCUGUAGAAAGGUUUUGAAAUAUAUUGAAUUCCUCUUCCAAAUGGGAGAAACUUAAUUGUUAUUGCUAUUUCCCUAUUACAUAAAUAUGCGCACAUAUCUCGACCACCAGUCAAUCAUUACACGCUAUUUCUAGAUAACAAAAGUCCUAAACUGGCUAGCCCUACAGCACAACGUCGUCCAAUAUCGAUUAUCAUUACACCUGAACCUGGAAGUCCAAAUCCAUCUGCAAGGACACCAACUGGAGAUCGCCCUCGUUCCGGCUCCCUUAACAGUCCACGUGCAUCCAACAAUAUGGAUGUCGAAGACGAUGCAGCGGCUUUAAAGAAACGGGCCCAGGUAAGCCAUGAACGCCGUGGCAAACAAGGUAACAUUGUUGCUCAAACAUCUG